UGUAGCCGCGGAUGUGGUUUCUGUAGUGACGGGGCCGACUGCGGAGAUCUAUUGGCUGCUGGCUUUGUAAAUUUCAUUCAGUUUGGUCCAAUAGCAGAGGGCGAGCUGGGAGCCAUCAGGACCUUUCGCUUCAAUCUCUCUCUCUUUCUUGCAGCCCGGGUCUCUGUCUCUCCGUACAGAGCGCUAUUCAGACCUCACGUUGCCCUUCGAGCUCCGCCUGCGUCCCGGUUUCUUCCUCCCCGUCAGACUGUUUACGCCAGAAACACCGAAUUUUCCUGCCAACGGCCGGGGUCGGUGGUCCUCGCAUUCCUUUGGGGACGCGGGUUGGGGGUGGGGGACGGUGUGCAAAUCUGGUUGGGAUUCGACAGAACCCCAGGCGUCUGGACUUAUACACAUCCUCCUGAAUCAUAAGCACCGAUCAGGGUUCCCUGGAAAAAUCUGGAUGUCUAACAGGAACACUCAGAACCGAUGCGGCUUCUCCACGACUGAGGUGUCUGCCGGACCUGCUGCUCAGGGCCAUUUGGAAUGGCUGUGAACAUCUCUACGAAACCACAAGUCUUCGGUCAUAAAGAUGAAAUUUUUUGGAGAAGCUUCCUUGAAUCGUUGUCAUAGAGUGGAGUAGACCGUUCUUAGCUUCUGCAUCGACUAUUCUGCCAGAGGGGAAAACUGUGCUAAGAUGGAAAAGCAAUCAAGCAGAUUUUCACGGAGGCAUUUUUAAAAGCAUCUUCUUAGAAGGACAAUGUAAUGGCCGCCUGCUGUGCGUCGGCGUUCUUAUAAAGGACCACUGUUGCUGGGAGGUGCCCGACGAGCCUGGCAUCUUUGGAGCCCUGCAGCGGCGGGAAUCCGGUGCGAGGAUUAGGGCAGCACCGCGGUCUUGCAAUGGGCGGUCAGGACCACCGCUGGGCUGGCUGUUGACCUUGGGCUCUGUCUAUGCCUCAUCGGGAGUGGGUUUGCAGGAAGCCCUUCGCCUCUCCCGGCUGUCGGUCCUUGGAAGCCCCUCUCUCUCCCCGAGGGCCCCCCGACUGCCCUGUCUGUUCUGCUCAGAGUCUCCGCCCCCGGACGCCCCACCCACCCGACCCCGGAUGUGCGCGUGAGCCAUGUCGAGACCGCAGGGACUGUUAUGCCUUCCGCUGGCCUUCACCCCCGUCUGCGUCAUGGUCAACUCCAACGUCCUGCUGUGGAUCACCGCCCUGGCCGUCAAGUUCACGGUCAUCGACAGCCAGGCCCAGUACCCCGUGGUCAGCACCAACUACGGCAAGAUCCGGGGCUUGAGAACGCCGCUGCCCAAUGAGAUCCUGGGUCCCGUGGAGCAGUACCUGGGGGUCCCUUAUGCCUCGCCCCCCACCGGGGAGAGGCGCUUCCAGCCCCCCGAGCCUCCCUCCUCAUGGACCGGGGUCCGAAAUGCCACCCAGUUCGCCGCCGUCUGCCCCCAGCACCUGGACGAGAGGUCGCUCCUGCACGACAUGCUGCCCGUGUGGUUCACGGCCAACCUGGACACCCUGAUGACCUACGUGCAGGACCAGAAUGAAGACUGCCUCUACCUGAACAUCUACGUGCCCACGGAGGACGGAGCCAACUCAAAGAAAAACGCUGAUGAUAUAACCAGUAAUGAUCGUGGUGAAGAUGAAGACAUCCAUGAUCAGAACAGCAAGAAGCCAGUGAUGGUGUACAUCCACGGCGGGUCCUACAUGGAGGGGACGGGCAACAUGAUUGACGGGAGCAUCCUGGCCAGCUACGGCAACGUCAUCGUCAUCACCAUUAACUAUCGGCUGGGGAUCCUAGGCUUUCUGAGCACCGGCGAUCAGGCGGCCAAAGGCAACUACGGGCUCCUGGAUCAGAUCCAAGCCUUGCGCUGGAUCGAGGAGAACGUCGGGGCCUUCGGUGGGGACCCCAAGAGAGUCACCAUCUUCGGCUCAGGUGCGGGCGCCUCCUGCGUCAGCCUCUUGACCUUGUCUCACUAUUCAGAAGGUCUCUUCCAGAAGGCCAUCAUCCAGAGCGGGACUGCCUUGUCCAGCUGGGCCGUCAACUACCAGCCCGCCAAGUACACUCGGAUCCUGGCAGACAAAGUGGGCUGCAACAUGCUGGACACCACGGACAUGGUGGAGUGCCUGCGGAACAAGAACUACCGGGAGCUCAUCCAGCAGACCAUCACGCCGGCCACAUACCACAUCUCCUUUGGGCCCGUCAUCGACGGGGACGUCAUCCCUGAUGACCCCCAGAUCCUCAUGGAGCAGGGUGAGUUCCUUAACUAUGACAUCAUGCUGGGCGUCAACCAGGGCGAGGGGCUGAAGUUCGUCGACGGCAUCGUGGACCACGAAGACGGCGUGACGCCCAAUGACUUCGACUUCUCCGUGUCCAACUUCGUGGACAACUUGUACGGGUACCCAGAGGGCAAAGACACCCUGCGGGAGACCAUCAAGUUCAUGUACACGGACUGGGCGGACAAGGAGAACCCCGAGACGCGCCGCAAGACGCUGGUGGCCCUGUUCACGGACCACCAGUGGGUGGCCCCCGCCGUGGCCACCGCGGACCUGCACGCCCAGUACGGCUCGCCCACCUACUUCUACGCCUUCUACCACCACUGCCAAAGCGAGAUGAAGCCCAGCUGGGCGGACUCGGCCCACGGCGACGAGGUCCCCUACGUCUUCGGCAUCCCCAUGAUCGGUCCCACCGAGCUCUUCAGCUGCAACUUCUCCAAGAACGACGUGAUGCUGAGCGCGGUAGUCAUGACGUACUGGACCAACUUUGCCAAGACCGGUGACCCCAAUCAGCCUGUCCCACAGGACACCAAGUUCAUUCACACAAAACCCAACCGCUUCGAGGAGGUGGCCUGGUCCAAGUAUAACCCCAAAGACCAGCUGUAUCUGCACAUCGGCUUGAAGCCCCGCGUGAGGGAUCACUAUCGGGCCACGAAAGUCGCCUUCUGGCUGGAACUGGUCCCACACCUGCACAACUUGAACGAGAUAUUCCAGUAUGUGUCCACCACCACCAAGGUGCCCCCUCCGGACAUGACGUCCUUCCCCUACGGGACCCGGCGGUCGCCCUCCAAGAUCUGGCCCACGACCAAACGCCCGGCCAUCACCCCAGCCAACAGCAACCCCAAGCACUCCAAGGACCCUCACAAGACGGGCCCCGAGGACACCACGGUCCUCAUCGAGACCAAACGGGAUUACUCCACCGAGCUGAGCGUCACCAUCGCCGUGGGGGCGUCCCUGCUGUUCCUGAACAUCCUGGCCUUCGCUGCCCUCUAUUACAAGAAGGACAAGCGACGCCACGAGACCCACCGGCGCCCCAGCCCGCAGAGGAACGCCGCCAACGACAUCGCGCACAUCCAGAACGAGGAGAUCAUGUCCCUGCAGAUGAAGCAGCUGGACCACGAGUGUGAGUCGCUGCAGGCCCACGACACGCUGAGGCUCACCUGCCCGCCGGACUACACGCUCACGCUGCGCAGGUCGCCCGACGACAUCCCGCUCAUGACCCCCAACACCAUCACCAUGAUCCCAAACACGCUCACGGGUAUGCAGCCGCUCCACACGUUCAACACCUUCAGCGGAGGCCAGAACAGCACAAACAUUCCCCACGGACACUCCACCACCAGAGUAUAGCUCUGCAGUCCCCCCUCCCCUCCCCGCCCCCUCGCCACCCCGCCCCCUGCAACUGGAAGACGGACAGAGAAGCACCAUCUUCAAACAAGGAAUGUGUUUCAUCCCACUGGCUUAAGACACACACACACACACACACACACACAACCCCCAAAAGGGCAACCAUUGUGUCUUUGCAGACCUCCCAUGCUGGCAUUUCCCGGUACCACGAGAUCAACUUUCGACCCUACGAAAUGUGAAACCGUAUCCAUUCGCUGUUACGAGUUCUGCUUUUAAGACCCACCACCAUCCAAGCCGACUUUACUGCUACAAGGACGUCGAUGUAUCAAGGACCUGGGCGUUUCCAACCGUGACCGUAGAGGCUGACACCCUUCUGGAACUCAGCCGGGGACACUAAAAAAAAGUGUUUUUUUUUAAUCACAGUUAAAAAAUAAAGUUCUUUAUGUGCCACACGACAGAUGGCUCUCCUUAAGUGAAAAACAAAAACAAAAAAAGAGUCUGUGGGCUUUUACCCAGCAUACGGAGCAGUAAUCCAGAAAAGAAGGAAAAGUAGAAUUUUAUUAUUAAAAUAAAGGAACGGACUAUGCAGUUAGAUACCUAGAGUUCUGUGCAAAGAGAUGUUUUGCCAGCCUGAACUAUAUUUAAGAAACUUUGUAAAAAAAAAAAAAAAAGAAAGAAAGAAAAUGUAUAUAGCUGUGAGUUUAAACAAACACACAUGGAGAGAAAAAGAAAACAAAAAAAAAGCAAAAAAAAAAAGCGCUUUUAUUGGUGUUUUCAGUUUGAAAGAGCUUUUAGCAAGGUUGUGCUCUCCAUUAGUGGUCUGUAUGUAUAUAAAUCGGUAUAUACGUUAGUCAUAUCACCUCUUUUCCCUCCAAGACACAGAGGGGCUUCUUCUUAAAUCCUUGUGGCCAACAGACACAAGGUUUUCUAAGGCGUUUCAUUUGUAGGAGGAUAUGGUUGUCACACGGCGCAACUCUGACCGUCCCUGUGACCAGGCUCUCUCCCUAUUUUCUUUUUUUGUUUGUUUUGUUUUGGGGCUGGAAAGUGCAUGCCAAGGGAUUCUUAGGAGACUGUUGUUUUGUUUUGUUUAGGCAAACCUUUAUUUUUGUGUUGUUAAAGACUUCAUGAAGUUGCAACUGCUCCCCCACCCCCUGCAAGAAGGGUCCCCAGCGUGGAGUCUAUUUAAAAGCUUGUUGACUUAGAUACACGCGCAUGCAGAGAAACCGCAGGGCCUGGGAGGGGAGGGGGUGGGGAACAGAAUACAAGUCUCCUUCUGUAGCUGUGGCUCUUUGAAUCUGUUAAGGAAGAGUCGCUUCCCACACCCAGGGUCCUGCCAAAAGGGAGAAAGAAAGCUUGUGUUUGGUGGGCCCGCGGAGUGCUGAGUCAAUACAGCUCUGUGUUCCCCGGCAGCUGCAGAAAUACCUGUUCAGCUUAGCUAAUCAGAUCGAAGGAGGGGGGCAUGUGUCUUUCCUUUCUGGUAAAAGCAGUCAAGUCCCUUAUUUAUCAGUAAGCGGGGUUUUGUUGUUGUUGUUGUUGUUUUUGAAUUCUUUCGAUCAUUUACGGGGUAAAACAUACGCUUGUCUGAAACGAUUAUCUUCUGUGCACUUUGUGUAUCCGUCACUGAUCCGGGACUAUCAGAGAGAGACCAAGGAAGGGAGAAAACACUUCAAGUGCUUUGUGGGGGAUAUCCAGGAAGUUAGAGAAUGGCCUGACUGUCAAGAUAACACCCGGAAAUAUUCAUGCAUUGUUCACUGGUGAGGUGGGGAUGAGAAUCUUGGCGCCUCUGACACCAAGUGAUUUUCUUAUUGUCUUUUUAGCUUUCCUUAAGGGAUAUCACGCAGGUGUCAUUAAAGGAAAACAGUAGCAGCGGUGGUGACUUGACGUUUUGGCUUUCAAAAACCUAUUGCCGCGCCAGGAAAUAGGAGCCAAAGAGGAUGUCUCGGGGCGUGGUUAUCAGAGCAGCUCAGCUAAGGUGCACAUUCUCAAGAAAGACGGUCCAAAUUCCUUGUCCCUUGCUACAAUCUUUGAUUACCGGAACCCUUAGACUGAAACUGUAGCAGUACCUUUUCAAAGUCUUUGAAAAUGACCGCCCCCUCCAUCCCACACCCCCAGAAAAACAGAGUUCUUAGGAAGUCUGUGCAGACCGAUCUCCCAGUAAAUUCUGCUGUUCAUCUCGGUUGAGAUUUUAAGAGUGAGUCUGUGUAUAGACGUACGUGAAAUGUAAUCCCAACUUUGCCCAGAGUGAAGUGCAGGCUCCUGCAGCUAAGAGGUGUCAUGGGUAAGGUUUUUGUUCAUCCUGUUUUAAAGCUCCUGUCAGACCAUUGCUGCAAGCUAUUGUAUUUAUUACCCCAGCUAAGCCACGACAAAUAGGCUGUCCAGGAAACGACGGAGGAAGUGGCACUCGACAGCCUUGUGGGACCUGGUAUGUUUGUAAUGUGAAUUCCAGUAUUUGUUUAGUAUUUCCAAGCGUCUUCUGCUAGCAAUAUGCACAGUAAUGUAUCAGGCUUGUGACAUUUGGAUAAGGAAAAAAAAAAAAAGUUCUUGUUAAGUGAAUAACUUUAGCUUUUACAAAGGGUUAUGAUCAAAAGCAAUUUAAUACACCUUAAAUGAUAUCUUAUUUCUACAUGGAAAGAAGUUAUAGAAUCUUCAUAGAGUUCUAUGAGAAUAAAAUAUACUUGCUAUCUAUAAAAAAGAGAAAAAUGAGAAAAAAAAAUAAGUUAAAAAAAAAAAAAAACUUUCCUAGGCUUUUAUUCUUGAACUUCACUGGCACGCAGGGUUUAAUGGUUUCUCGGAUUAUUAUUUUGCGAUUUUGUUUUUGAUUUUGCCUUAAGUAAUGAUAGAAGAUAUAUAUGGCUGGACACAUAUGUAUAAACUUUUCAGCAGCAUUUUUAAUAAUAAAAUAUCACAGUAUUUUCUAAUGCUUUGUGCAAA